AUGUUAGUGGUCACUGCAACCACCCUAAUUUUAGGAAACCUGACAGGCAUCUCAGCGCAAUUUGAAUGCAAAGGCGACUUAGGAGGCAUUGCUUCUCAAUGUCAAGAGUACACUUCAAUUCCUGGGCCAAAAAUUCCACCAUCAAAUGAAUGUUGUCAGGUCAUAAACGAUGUUGAUAUCCCGUGCCUUUGCAAAUAUGUUACAAAGGACAUUGAGAGUAUAAUAAGUGUCGACAAAGCCAUCUAUGUGUUCAAGACUUGUGGAGCCAAAGUUCCUGCUGGAACUAAAUGUGGAAGUUAUAUUGUUCCUUUUCCUCAUCUUCAUCAUCACCAUCAUCAUCAUCAUCAUCAUUCUCCUGCUCCUGCCCCUUCUCCAACGACGUGA